AUGGGCAGCCUGCCACUCGACGCGUCACUGCGGCCACUGGACCCCGAGGCCUUCGCCGGUGAUUCACGCCCCGUCGUGGACUUCCUCGCCGAGUAUUACCGCGACGUGGAUAAGUUCCCUGUCCGGGCGGCCGGCCUCGAGCCGGGCAGGCUACGGAAGCUGCUCCCCGAGGCGGCGCCAGAGCACGGCGAGCCGAUGGAGGACGUACUGGAGGACGUGCGGCGGGACAUCCUGCCGGGGCUCACCCACUGGCAGAGCCCCAGCUUCUUCGCCUUCUUCCCCAUGAACGCCAGCGCCGCCGGGUUCGCGGGGGAGAUGCUGUCCGCCGGCCUCAACGUCGUGCCGUUCGUGUGGGCGGCAUCGCCCGCCGCAGCGGAGCUGGAGAGCGUGGUGGUGGACUGGAUGGGUACGUUGCUCGGGCUGCCGCAGCGGCUACUCUUCUCGGGCGGCGGCGGCGGCGUGCUACAGGGGAGCACGUGCGAGGCCGUGGUGUGCACCCUCGCCGCGGAGCGGGACCGCGCUCUGCACAGGCUGGGGCACGAGAGCAUCAUGAAGCUGGUGUUCUACGCCUCCGACCAGACGCACGUCACCUUCCAAAAGGGGGCGCGGCUGGUGGGCAUCCCGCCGUCCAACUUCCGCGUCAUCCAGACGACGCCGGCCUCCGGGUACGGCCUGACCGCCGACGCCGUCCGCUGUCGACCGCGACGUCGCCCGCGGCCUGGUGCCGCUGUACCUCUGCGCCACGGUGCCCUGACCUCCGCGCUGUCCACCGACCCGGAGUACCACAAGAACGUCGGCACGGACGGCACGGGGAAGCCGGCCGCCAUAGACUACAAGGACUGGCAGAUCUCCCUGUCACGCCGGUUCCGUGCCAUCAAGCUCUGGGUGGUGCUGCGGCGCUACGGCACCGUCGGCCUGCGCGCGCACAUCCGCCGACACGUCACCGCAGCCAAGUGGUUCGAGCGGACGAUGGCGGCGGACGAACGCUUCGAGGUUGUGGUGGCGAGGAAGUUCUCGCUGGUAUGUUUCCGCCUCCGGGCGAGGUUCGUGGGGGACGACACGGUGGACGAGUUGAACCGGGAGCUCCUCGCGGCGAUGAACGCGAGCGGGCGGGCGUUCAUGACGCACUUCGUGGUGGACGGCAAGUUCGUGAUCCGCCUCGCGGUCGGCGGUGCCAUGACGGAGAUGCGACACGUCGUGGACGUGUGGGACCUGCUGCAGGCCAGCGCCGACCACGUUUUACGGCGGUAUCAACUCUAG